GUGCCCUGCGCGGGAGCGGGAGGCGGCGGCCCCGGGAUCCUUUGAGCGACCCCCGGCGUCUGCCCUCCGCGCCGAGGCCUGGGUGGUACCUCGCCGGCCGCCGGGCCCGUUCCGGUUGGGCGCGCACCGGCCCCCGUCCGCGCGCGUGCCCCGGAGCCGCGCUGCGAGCCGGACCCCAGCCACCGCGACCCCUGGCGCCUGGCCCUGAGCCCGGAGGUCCACUGGGAACUGGCCCAGGUGAGGGUGGCUGGCCUACUUCUCCUGGUGGCGGUGGUUGUGGUGGUGGUGGAAGUAGGAGCCAGGACUAAGGGCAAAGAGAAGCAGGGAGCCCCAGCCCCGCUGCAGGCCUCAACAUGGCACCGUUCCUGCGCAUCUCCUUCAACUCCUAUGAGCUGGGCUCCCUGAAGGCCGCGGACGAGGCCAGCCAGCCCUUCUGUGCUGUGAGGAUGAAGGAGGCGCUCAGCACUGAGCGUGGGAAGACGCUGGUGCAGAAGAAACCCACUAUGUAUCCUGAGUGGAAGUCCACGUUCGAUGCCCACAUUUAUGAGGGCCGCGUCAUCCAAAUCGUGCUGAUGCGAGCGGCAGAGGAGCCAGUGUCCGAGGUGACAGUGGGCGUGUCAGUGCUGGCCGAGCGCUGCAAGAAGAACAACGGCAAGGCCGAGUUCUGGCUGGACCUGCAACCCCAGGCCAAGGUGUUGAUGUCUGUGCAGUAUUUCCUGGAAGACAUAGAUUGCAAGCAGUCUAUGCGGGGUGAAGACGAGGCCAAGUUCCCAACAAUGAACCGCCGUGGAGCCAUCAAACAGGCCAAAAUCCACUACAUCAAGAACCACGAGUUUAUCGCCACCUUCUUUGGGCAGCCCACCUUCUGCUCUGUGUGCAGAGAUUUUGUUUGGGGUCUCAACAAGCAAGGCUACAAGUGCAGGCAAUGCAAUGCUGCCAUCCACAAGAAAUGCAUCGACAAGAUCAUCGGCCGGUGUACGGGAACUGCGGCCAACAGCCGGGACACCAUAUUUCAGAAAGAACGUUUCAACAUCGACAUGCCACACCGGUUCAAGGUUUAUAACUACAUGAGCCCCACCUUCUGUGACCACUGUGGCAGCCUGCUCUGGGGGCUGGUGAAGCAGGGAUUAAAGUGUGAAGAUUGUGGCAUGAACGUGCACCAUAAGUGCCAGAUGAAGGUGGCCAACCUCUGUGGCAUCAACCAGAAGCUCUUGGCAGAAGCCUUGAACCAAGUCACCCAGAGACCUGUCCGAAAGUCAGAGUCGGAGGUUGCAGAGACGGUUGGGAUCUAUCAGAAUUUCGAGAAGAAGCCAGGAGUCUCUGGAGAUGAUGUCUCAGCAGGCACUGGGACCUACGGCAAGAUCUGGGAGAGCAGCACCAAGUGCAGCAUUGACAACUUCAUCUUCAUCAAGGUCCUGGGCAAAGGCAGCUUCGGGAAGGUGCUGCUUGCAGAGCUGAAGGGCAAGAAGGAAUUCUUCGCCAUCAAGGCCCUCAAGAAGGACGUGGUUCUGAUCGAUGAUGACGUGGAGUGCACCAUGGUAGAGAAGCGGGUGCUGGCGCUCGCCGGGGAGAAUCCCUUUCUCACCCACCUCUUUUGCACCUUCCAGACCAAGGACCACCUGUUCUUCGUGAUGGAGUUCCUCAACGGGGGGGACCUGAUGUACCACAUCCAGGACAAAGGCCGUUUCGAGCUCUACCGCGCCACGUUUUAUGCGGCUGAGAUAAUCUGUGGGCUACAGUUUCUACACCAGAAAGGGAUCAUUUACAGGGACCUCAAGCUGGACAACGUGAUGCUGGACCGGGAUGGCCACAUCAAGAUUGCUGACUUCGGCAUGUGCAAGGAGAACAUGCUGGGGGACAAACAGGCCAGCACCUUCUGCGGCACUCCUGACUACAUCGCCCCAGAGAUCCUACAGGGCCUGAAGUACUCAUUCUCUGUGGACUGGUGGUCCUUCGGAGUCCUUCUCUAUGAAAUGCUCAUCGGUCAGUCCCCCUUCCACGGUGAUGAUGAGGACGAACUCUUCGAGUCCAUCCGUGUGGACUCACCGUAUUAUCCCCGCUGGAUCACUAGGGAGUCCAAGGACAUCCUGGAGAAGCUGCUUGAACGAGACACAGGCAAGAGGCUGGGAGUGACAGGGAACAUCAGAACCCACCCUUUCUUCAAGACCAUCAACUGGACUCUGCUGGAGAAACGUGCAGUGGAGCCACCCUUCAAGCCCAAAGUGAGGUCCCCUGGAGACUACAGCAACUUCGACCAGGAGUUCCUGAAUGAGAAGCCACGUCUCUCCUUCAGCGACAAGAAUCUCAUCGACUCCAUGGACCAAACAGCAUUUGCUGGCUUCUCCUUCCUGAACCCCAAAUUCGAGAGGCUCCUGGAAAAUUGAGGUUCCCAGACAUGCGCCACCCCUACCCCUACCCCAGCCAGGGAGCAUUGGGUCAGCCAGCUCCUUCUGCCAACCCAGCCCAGCAGAGCAGCCUGGGCCCCCCACUUCAUCAGCACCUGCCCACCUCCCGCCACGAUAAGCAACAGUGUGAUUGUCGUGAUUUCUGCUGCUGCCCGCCUUCUUCGUCCCCCAUAAGGGACUUCAGCUCCUGUCUGGCUGGGCCUCUACGGUACUUCCUCUGUGAAUUGUGUGUGAAUUUGCUUUUCCUCUGUCCUCAGAGGGAAACUGUAAAUCCUGUGUUUCAUUACUUGAAUGUAGUUAUCUAUGGAAAAAAAAAUAUUAUAUAUAUAUAUAUAUAUACACACACACACACACGCACACAUAUAUAAAAAAUAGGCUGUAUAUAUUGCUCAUUGGAGAAAAAACGUGGGGACUGGUGAUAUUGUUGAUCUUUUAAAAUAUACAUAUUAUAUAUACUAUGUGCUCUCCCCCCUGCCCCCCGCCAAAAAAAAAAAAAAAAAAGGGAGCACAAGCUGUUCGAACCAGUAGGUUCUUUUAUUUGUGUGUCUAAAUAAACAACUGGUAUCGACCUGGC